AUGCUAUAUGAGAGUACAGCGCGACACCAUCAGACUCACAGGCCUCAAGAGCAAUCAACCAAACUUUAUUCUGUAUUGGUCUCAACCCAUAUUGCUAGCAGUGACGCUACGAAGCAUCACAAUGUCAUUGCUGAUCACGAUGCUAUCUCAGACACCGAGUCGAUUAGCUCAUUCCAUACCGCAUCAGACUGUCCUACACCUGUAACACUGAAUCCCGAUAAAGAUGCUGAUAUGGAACAACAAACGGAAUUCGCCAACAUGGAUGCACUGUUAAGGGAGCAAGACAACUGGACUCAGGAACUUGAAUUCGAGAACAUGGAGAUCGAGAAAAUAGCUUGGGCAGUUGGCGCGAAAAAAGCUGAACUGAAGGAACUUGAACUGAAGCAACUGGAGUAUCGUGCCUGCAAAUCAUUCAUAAAAAAUAAUCGUAUCACAGAGAAUAUGCUUUAA